AUGUCGACUACUCGCCGCAAGAGCCGCAUUCGGGCGAGCAGGGCCAGGCUGCUGCGAAUGCUUAUGACAUGCACCAGCAUCAUCACCACCCGCAGCACCACCAUCAUCGAGGCUCGCUUCAACAUGCCGGGCCGUCCCCCCUACAACACGAGCCGCCUCCGCAUCAAUCCCACCACCAUGGCCUGCCGCAGCACUAUCCCGCAGCCCAUCCGCACCCCCAUCCAAUCCUUACCGACCCGUCACACCUGGCCGGGCACCACCACCACCCGGGCGCCGCGCGCCACAUGGGACAUCAUACACAUCCCGGGCCGCCACACUUUGGCGCCGGACCCGACCCAUACCCCCACGGCUGGGGCGGCGGGGGUGAAGCGGCAACGGCCGGACGAUCUGGACCUCGCCGUCUCGGGGAUGACGGAUCUCGAUCAGAGCCAGCUGGAGUCGAUGGCUCAGCAGACGCCAUUACCCGUUGGCAGCGCGUAUGCUCAACCGCAACCGGCGGCGCCGCCGACACAUCAUCACCACCGCCUUCCCGACACGGGUCCGCCCAGCAAGCUGAUGCGCCGAGACAGCGGCGGGGGAGGGGGAGGAGGAGGAGCACCGAGCGUGGUGGGGCAGGCCGGGAUGCCGGCGCCGGCGCCGCGGCCGCGGGGGCCCAAGCUCAAGUUUACGCCCGAAGACGACCAGCUCUUGAUUGAUCUCAAGGAGAACAAGAGCUUGACCUGGAAGCAGAUUGCGGAUUUCUUCCCGGGACGGUCGAGCGGCACGCUGCAGGUGCGGUACUGUACCAAGCUGAAAGCGAAGACUACGCAGUGGACUGAGGAAACGGAUCAAAAGCUCCGGACGGCCCUGCAGGACUAUGAGAACGAAAAAUGGCGCAUCGUCGCCAACAAGGUCGGCACUGGUUUCACUCCCGCCGCUUGCCGUGAGCGGGCGGCGCAGUUGAUGAUGGGCGAGGGCAGCAGCGGUAACAACAACAGUAACGACAAUGACAACAGUAACGAGGACGUCAACGUGAACGUGAACUUAUAG